GUCAGUGAAAAGCUGCGUGUGUGUGAUUGAUCACUGCAGUGGCCUUUCCCCGGUUUGCUGAAACUGUCAGUUUAAUUUGAAUAUACAGCCCGUUACUGAAAAUAUGAUUUUUUUUCCAGUUUGGGCUUUUAUUUUUCAUAGCAGGUUAGAAAAGCAAUAGUAUUUUAUACCAUGCAGAUGAUAAUAGCUAAUAUUCAGUAACGGGUUGUACACAAUUUGUAAAAUGAUAUUUCUGAAUGUAUCACUCUGUGUGAAAUGGUUGUUGUCCUUACAAGGGAAUUGGGGGAUUAGUGGAGAGAGAAGGAAAGAGAGAGAGAGGGGGAGAGAGACAGCGAAGGAGAGAGGAGAGAGGGAGAGGACAGAGCAGCAUCUGUUACCAGGAAAACUCCUACUGUGUCACUGGGAAACCUGCAAGCAGAUGUGAUGUUGGAGUGAUGCAGACACUGGACACUGAGGCUGACGGUCAGAAACUGAACACGGAAUAGAGGCCUUUUGCAGGAAAGAUGGUGGGACUAAGGAACUGCUCCACAUGGGAACCAUUGCUUCUCAAGGCCUCCUGCAUCAAGUCCUGUGCCAACGGCUGCUCCCUGGGCAUCACUGCACACCUCACCUAUGCUAACGCUGCCUUAGAGUCAAUAGAAGGUGUUUUCGUGUAUCCUCUCGGGGAAAAGGAGGUUGUGGUCGGCUUUGAGGCGGUGAUAGCGGGCCGGUUGGUGGGGGUCCAGAUACAGAGCAGAGGGAAGCUUAAGGACUGCUGUUUGGAUUGCUGCCCAGGAUCCGGUCCUGAAGGCCACUGUGGGAACGGCCCACAGUGGGGCUGCUGUGGGAGCUCCAGCCUUGACAUGCAAUGCACCAACGGACAUCUCAUCCUGGACGAAGACCUUGAAAGAACCACCUUCAUCAUGGGAACAGGCGUCAUCGGCCCCAUGGACAUCGUGUCCGUUAUCAUCAGCACCACACUAGAACUCCCCACGCUGGAAAAUGGAGCAAUCAGCAUUGUGUACCCCACUUUGCUGACACCAAUCGUCACUGGCCAGAUAACGCAAAACAAGAGUGAAAAUGGUUCGAAAUCUGAAGAAACCGGACAAACCAGCUGUUUUGGUGCCACCUCAGGAAAACCAGACAAGGCCCUGGAGUCUGAGCAGCAGUGUGCCUAUUCCAUCUUCACCGGCCCUGCCGCCAACCUGGCACCUUAUGAACUGAACUUCCAGCUACUGGUCAGAGGGGCCUGCCUACUAGCCGGACUGGAGAGCCCCACUCACGCUCUGAGGGCAGAUGCGGACCCCAGUGCCCAAAGUGCCUCUUCCACCUACAUCACCUUGGCACAGGAGCAUCCGUUUGACAGACACAUAGAGAUCAUUCUGCACCUCAGUGAACCCCACAGCCCGUUGGUCAUAUUAGAGAGAGGCAGACUUUCAUUCAGCCAGUAUGAGCAGAAAAUCUACUCCCGUCGGGAUUUCAUCCGCUGCAUUCACAAAGAUUCACAACCUGAGAGAAAGCUGGAGUUUGUGAGGAAGCGACACCACAAGGACAUCCUGAGCAGCCCCGUCUUGAUGCUCAACUUCUGUCCCGACUUGCUGCGGGAACCUCUGGAGCUGCACAAAGCCACCCGAGAACUGCUGUUCCUCGUUGACCGCAGCGGCAGCAUGAGUGGCGCCGCCAUCCGCCGCGUGAAGGAUGCCAUGGCGGUGGCAUUGAAGAGUCUCCCUCCCGGCACCAUGCUCAACGUUGUGGGCUUUGGGACCACCAUCAAGCCACUGUUCACCUCCAGCAGGCUCUGCACUGAUGUGACUCUGGUGCAGGCGUUCGAGUACAUCCAGAGGAUGAGAGCUGACAUGCGGGGCACUAAUCUGCUGGGGGCGCUGUCCUGGGUGUACCAGCAGCCGAUGCAGCGUUCUUAUCCUCGCCAGGUCUUCAUUAUCACAGAUGGAUCCAUCAGCAACGUGGCUAAGGUGAUGGAGCUGGUCCGAAGAAACACAUGCGCCGGCAGAUGCUUUGGCUUAGGCCUUGGUCCUCGAGCCUGCAGGAGACUUUUGCAGGGCGUUGCCAAACUGACAGGAGGGACUACCGAGUUCUUGGCUGAUGAGGAGCGACUUCAGCCCAAGUUAAUAAAGUCUCUGAAAAAGGCCUUUGAACCUGUGCUGACUGACGUACGGAUUGACUGGUAUCUGCCAGAGAACAUGGAAGCGUUUCUUUCACCCAAUGAGAUCCCUCCGCUCUACCCGGGGAAUCGUCUAAUUGGAUAUUGCACUCUAUAUGACAUGACGAAUAUCCAAAAAAAAAGCCCAGAGUCUCAAGGACGGUGCCACGAUGGUGUAAAUCGUAGCUCCAUGGGUUCAGUUUUUGGAGAGUCAAAUGACGAGCUUUCACCUCCCCCUGCCUCUGAGUUUAUGCCAGUGGUGACAUGUGCAGAUGGUACCAACCUGGAGGAGGCACUGAGGGAGAUUUCCAGGGAAAUCUCCUCUGAGUUCUCCUGCGCCAGAAACGCAGAUCCUGGAACCAGUCCAGGUGUGGAGCUGGACUGGUCCAGUGACGUGAGGAGGAGGAUCCAGGAGAGCUCAUAUAUCCAGGAGCAGUAUGUCCUUACUCGCUGCUCCCUUAGUAGUGAGCGGAGUCUGCAAACACAGUCCCACUUACACAUACACGCCUCGUCCAACUCUGACUCUGCGGCCGGGGUCUUUCUCCCCAACCCUCACUCCACUGGUUCAGUGCUGGAUACUGGGUCUCUACCCCAAGGCCUUGAAAAGAUGCCCCCUCCAGACCAGAGAUCAUCCCUGUCUCGCUGGGCAGACUCUGCAUGGCAGCAAAACCUCUCAGCAGAAACCCCUGAUAACGGCGCAGAAAAGACUGGGCGUCUCGGGGCAGGAGGGGACUCUCGUCAGAGGCACAAACUUGCCCGCUCGACCAUGGCAGCACGGAGUUUCUCGUCCCCCCAGGGCGAGCUGGAGAUGCAUCGCCUCAGGAGAGCUCUGGAGAGGGUCUCCUUCGACCAAACGCUGGGAGGGCGACUGGACGAAAGCGACGGGGAGGCGAAGCCCCCGUCAAGAGGCACACUGUCUCGCCGAAGCCUCACUGACUCUAAUGGACUGCUGUUCCCUGCUUCUCCUCUGGACUGGGACAGCUUCACAGACCCGGAGUACCUCUUUACGGCUGCACCACCGGAGCAUCCUCCACCAGGUCGAUGCCGCUCGCUUAUUCACGGCCUGCUGAGCGGCAGACCUGUGUCCUGGGAGGUCACUGUGGACCUGGGGCACCUCUGGACCCCCGGGGGCCAGGAGACACCGACGGUCGAGGGAUGUGGAGGAGAAGGAGGGGAAGAAGGAAAAGGAGGAGAAACAUGGGAUGAGAUCAUUCACCAGCUGACCGCUCGCUCAGUGAUUAGAGACUUUGAGAAAAUGGCAGAGAAGGACAGCGACUGCGGACAAGGUUCAGCAAAGCGAUACCGCAUGAAGGCUAUCCAGACCAGUAAGCACUGUAACAUCAUCUGCAUGUACACGGCCUUCGCUGCCACCAAUAACAACCCCAACAAAGGCUUGCAGGACAGCAUGGACGUCCAAAACACAGGUGUCCCCAUUUUAUCCACCGUACCGGAUUACAGCUUCAGCCAGCCGCAUGUUCCAGUCUCUAUUUGUACCCUACGUGUGUGCGUUUUGUGUGUGUUCGUGCGUGGUGUAGGGAUGCAUCUGGUGAACAGCCAGAGCUCCCGGUCAGGCAGCCGCAGGCAGAGGGCCUAUUCCGUCGGCUUGGGGAGACGGCACACCGGCGGAGACAGUAAAGAGAUGGAGGACACCUGGAACUCUACAGACAGAGAUGCCACCGCUGCCUCACCCUGUAGCCUUACAUCCUGGGACUCUAGUGUAGUGGGCAGCGCAUACUCUGCUGCAGCCCCAGCGAUGACAGGCACACCAUGCACUCAUUCACAGCGAUCUAUUGAAAGCAAGUCAAUGGAAAGCUUCUUUGGCACCAGAUUUCCACUGGGCAGACUCAGGUCCUCCAUUUCAUCAGGAAAGCAGGUUCCUCUCAAGUCCCACUGUCUGUCUGCAGAGACUGAGAAAGCACCUGAAACCGAAGCUCCAGACUACCUUCCCUUGGUUCAACUGCAGCUGGCAUCAGGGGCUUUUCUUCUGACCGAGACCUACUCUGACUGUGUCCAGAUCCCCUUGGACCGCCUGAAAAGGGCUUCACCCUACAGCCUCCACCGCCGCAGCCUCAGCCCGCCAUUCCGCAGCACAUCUCCCAGUGCCCCGUCUCUGUCCACCUCCAACAAGCCUUCUGCUGCUCCCACCAGCCACCAUGUAACCUUCUCUCCUUCUUCUUGCUCCCUGGCCAAACCGACCGCCCCUCCUUUCCACCACACCCCAGAUGACACCCCCUUGAUGCUGGAACCAAGGCUGCGCCGGAGACACCCGUCGGACCGAGACCCCGUCACCUCCCCCCCUGACCUCCCCAGCUCUGAGGAAGGCUCCCUGGAGCUGUCCGCGGGACCCUCUCUGGGCCUGAGCCACGGGCAGGCGGACAGCGGUCGCGGGUCGGAGACGGACGUGUGGGAGGGCUCCUCGACAGAGCCGCCCGAUCCCCGGGGGGGCAGCCAGUCCGCCCAGGAGGACCUGGAAGGGUCGAGCUGGGCCACGGCCGUGGCUCUGGCCUGGCUCGAGCACCGCUGCGCCGGCUACUUCAUGGAGUGGGAGCUGGUGGCAGCGAAAGCAGACUUCUGGCUGCGGUGUCAGGAGCUGCCCGAGGGGGUGGACCCGGCGGGGCUGAAGGGAGCUGCUAGACAGCUGUUCCUGCUGCUGCGCCACUGGGACGAGAACAUUAAGCUCAACAUGUUGUGUUAUAACCCCAAUAACAUGUGAGAAACUCUUCAGAUCUACUAAUUAGUUCAUUAUCAUUUGUUCCCGACGAUAAUUUAUUGUUACAAAACACCCUUUACGUAAAAGAGGAGUCCUGUAUUUCAUCUGCAGGAUCAACUUGUACCAUAACGUAGUGCCAACUUCAUUCUAAGAUUAAUUGCACUCAGAAGAAUUCAUAUUCAUGUCAAAAUAUUACCCUCAAAUGACAUAGACCAAGUGGCCUUUUAUCCUAAAUCUGCAUAUUGCUUUAUGCAAUUCCGACAAUGCCUUAACCAUCUGAAUGAGCUUUUUGUAGUUUAUAUAUAUAUAUAUCAGCUUUUUUGCCAAAUGUAUAAUCAGUCGAUGUUGAAUGAGAAUGAUCUUGAUUGUCAGGAUGAUUAUUUCAUAAACCAAUUAAUAAAAUGAGUGGUGGGAUUGUAAUUUGUUGUAAUGUGUAACAAAAACAUACAUAAAACAAGAAGAAAA